UUUGUAUCUAAUACAACCAUGAACUGGACCGAGGCUGUACAGUACUGCACGGAGAGGAACGCAACCCUCGUGUCUUCUCCUACACAAGCCACACAGACAGGCCAUGGCAUGGGCUACUGGACAAGAAAGCACCGGAGAUUGUCUCCUUGGAUUCAUGUCAUCGGGUGCUUUAAUGAGACCUGGAUAGACCAGUCAGUGAAUAAGACCUUGACCUCUACGUCAGUGGUCAUGUGUCAACAAAAGUGUUCAAUUGAACAUUUCACUUUCUUCGGACUUCAGAACACCAGCUGUGUCUGUCUAAGUGACCACUUUUCCGUCACAGAAGCCAUUGAUCCACGUUCAUGCAAUACAUCCUGCAGUACAUCCGAGAUCCUUAACGACUGUGGCGGCCCCGGGACAUACAGUGUUUAUAAAGCAGGGGAUUUGGUAUUUUUUGACGAACAUGACCUAAAUGCAACAUACAUGGCUGUGAAAUGUUCAGAAACAACAAGGAAAUUUGUGUAUUUGCAUUACUCUACUUUGACUUUCAACUGCCAAUGCAGACGCCCAGGCACAGAACUUAAUGACACUGUUUACUCAAACUGGAAUUUGAAAGACUGUUACAACAAAUGUAGAGAACUUGGGCUAUAUUUACAUGGUGAUUACAACGUAAUGGAUCCAGAUAGUGCCUGUCAUGGAAUCAAGACAGGAAGUGUUGAAACUUGGGUUGGAAUAGUCAGACAAAAUUUUACUUCAUCCUCGUUUGGUAUGUAUAAAAAAAAUGUGUUGGAAACGACUACAAAACCCACGAUCAGUAGCUCAUUGGCGCCAACCACCCAAACAUCGACAAGUAGCUCAUUGGCGCCAACCAGUCAAUCAUCGACAAGUAGGUCAUUGGCGCCAACCAGUCAAACAUCGACAAGUAGCUCAUUGGCGCUAACAAGUCAAACAUCGACAAGUAGCUCAUUGGCCCCAACAAGUCAAACAUUAAAUCAAGCAUCGUCGGUCUCCUCCAAUUCAUUUUUGAAAAAUUAUAACAAGGAUAACCAGAUAGAACUUAGAGAAAUCUUGUUGGCUGUGUGUGGAACCAUUGUCGCUGUACUAGCCGUCAUUGGGCUGUUCCUACUUUAUACAAGAAGACAAAAACGAAACUCAUUAAAAAGAGACCAGGGUUCCUGCCGAGGUCAGUCAGAUGGGGCGUCUACUGAUGACGAGCGAAUAAACAAAACCAAUGGAUACAGUAAUUUUGAGCUUAGUCCGGUGAAAAGAGGACCCAAGAACUUAAGUCAGGACAACGUCAGUUAUGACUGUCUUAGUGAGGCAAAUGAGAAGAAACACGGGGCGAACCUUAACAUAUACGCCAAUUCUGUCCCGUCUUAUUCAGACCAGAAUUCUCGUGAAGAUUUGUCGUAUGAUCAUUUAUGGCAGACGCCUACUGGCGGUCAAGCAGACGAUACCUACGACCACGCUGAUGACGCAAACAGCCAUAGGGCGUCCGAUACUACAGAGGAUACCUAUACCCACGCUGGCAGCGUCACAAAUCAUGGAUUCGCCACCACUUCAGACGAUUACUAUAGUCACACAGAUUGCGCCACUAACAAAGGAAGCUCUGCCACUACAGACGAUACUUAUGAUCACGCACGUGGCGCCACUAACCAUGGAUUUGCCACCACAGCAGACGAUACCUACAGUCAUACAGUUCUAGAUGGCGUCAGUUACCUAGCAACAACAGAUGAUACAUACAGUAUUCCUGUGCUAGAUUGA